AUGCCUCACCGGAAGAGUCGCGCUCAUGGACCGAAACACGAGCACCACCAUGCGACCAAAGAAGACCGUACGGUGGAGAGGGAGCAGCACGAAAGCGACUCGGAGGGGCGAGACCAGGCGGCGGACGGCCAGAUCGAUAGGCAGGCGCAGCCCGCGACGUACACCGCCAUGACGGUGGACGCCAAGGCCCUGGAGGACGCGCCACCCGCCGGUGGGGUUAUCGGAGCGCGGACCGAAGGCAUGAUUGACGUGAAACAUAGAAGGUGCCUCUGCGGGAAGGCACGGCCUACAUUCGGGCACGAGAACGAGAAGGCCACCCGCUGCGCCUCAUGCCAGACCAAAGGCAUGAUCGACAUGAGAAGUAACAGGUGCCUCUGCGGGAAGGCACGGCCGACAUUUGGGCUCGAGAACGAGAAGGCCACCCGCUGUGCCUCCUGCCGGACCGAAUGCAUGGUCAACGUGAGAAGUACAAGGUGCCUCUGCAAGAAGGCGCAACCUACGUACGGGCUAGAGAACGAGAAGCCCACCCGCUGCGCCUCCUGCCGGACCGAAGGCAUGAUGAACGUGACAAGUAAAAGGUGCCUCUGCAAGAAGGCGCAACCUACGUACGGGCUCAAGGGCGAGAAGCCCACCCGCUGCACCUCCUGCCGGACCGAAGACAUGAUGAACGUGAUAAGUAAAAGGUGCCUCUGCAAGAAGGCGCAAGCGUCAUUUGGGCUCGAGGGCGAGAAACCCACCUGUUGCGCCUCCUGCCGGACCGAAGGCAUGAUCGACGUGAGAAGUAGAAGGUGCCUCUGUAAGCGAACGCAGCCCGUUUUCGGGCUCGAGGGCAAGAAUCCCACCCGCUGCGCCGCUUGUAAGACAGAAGGCAUGAUCGACGUUAUAUAUAAAAGGUGCCUGACAAACGGGUGCGAUACCAGAGUAGGGAAGCGUUACAAGGGAUAUUGCUUGAGGUGCUUUGUGUUCACGUUUCCGGGCGAGAAGGUGUCUCGUAACUACCGAGUGAAGGAGCAGCACUUUACCGAUUAUAUCAAAGCGUCGGGCGUCCUUCCAGAGGCUGCGGAUAUCACCUUUGACAAGAGGCUCCAGGGGGGGUGUUCGGGAAGGAAGCCGGAUAUCUUCGUUGACUUGUACACCCAUACGGUACAUUGUGAAAACGACGAGGACCAGCACCGCAACUACACGUGCGAGAACAAGCGGAUGAUGGAGCUCUUUGAGGAUGCCGGAAGUCGCCCCCAAGUGCAGCUCCGGUUCAACCCGGACGGCUACACGUCUGUGGACGGGCAAAAGCACCCGGGUUGUUUCAGGUACAACAAGCUCGGGGUGCCGGUGAUCCAGGACCAGGCGAUGUGGGAGGAACGCAUGAAUGCAUACCUGGAACGCUUACAGUACCAUCUCACGCAUGUGCCAAGCCGUGAGGUCACCGUGGAGCACAUGUUCUACGAUGGGUUCGAAUGGAAGAGUACGGUAGAAAGCGACCGAGUAUGUCAGAAGCGGAAGCGAGCUGAUCGUUGA